CUUGACCGACACCUAGGACUGUAAGACAAGGAGAAGACAACAAGAAGUUACGGCGCAUUUAGAAACUGUGUUUAAACAUAUUUUUCCUUCAGUCUUUGUUUCGUACAUUGUGUACUGCUACAGAAACACAAUUCGCCAUAUGUUUGUUUUGUCUUUUUAAUUAUUGUCCUCCUAUUAUUUUCUGUAACACGUUGCCUGUAAGAGUUAGCUUCCGAGGAACACAUGGAUGACGACACUGUCUCAUCCUACUGUUUCAGUCUUAGAACAAAAUAAGGAUGCAGGCGAAGCCGAAACUUAAGGGUCGUGAUUUCUCACGUUGAGAGCCAGAUAUAAAUAUAUCGAGGACUCAGUAAGAGAUGCUACUAUUCAUUUCCCUGCUGAUCAUCUGUGUGCCACUGGGGGGCGACACCUCAACAAUCAGUUGCUACAACGACCAAGGAGAUGCUGUUGAUUGGUUCUAUGUGUACAAGCUGCCUAAAGAACAUGGCGGAAAAGCUCCCAUAAAGGGUGAAAAGUAUUUACUGAUGAACAAAGGGGGUGAAGGAUGGACUGAUGGGAAGUACACAGUGAACGACACAGCAGGAGCCCUGGGCAGGACGGUCGGACAACUGUACUCACAAGGAAAGAACAAAGAGGUAGCCUAUAUCCUGUACAAUGACCAGCCGCCACUCAAGGACGUUGGUGACAGAUGGGUGGACAACAGUGGAAGCAGAGGGGGGCACACGAAAGGUGUCGUGCUACUGGAUAAAAAUCAAGGCUUCUGGUUGGUCCACAGCACCCCUCACUUCCCCCCCGUGCAACAAGCAGGGGAAUAUUCUUACCCCGGCAGCGGCGUGAACAACGGGCAAAACUUCAUCUGUGUUACGUACCCGCUUGACCGCUUCCAGACCAUCGGAGAGCAGCUGCAGAUCAAUCAGCCUAAUGUGUACGACUGCGAUGUCCCUGAGUCCUUGGCGUCCCUGGUGCCUGCGCUGGCUGCUGUUUGUAAGAAAAAACAUCCAUCCGGUCUCAUCUUUCCACAUGUCAAAACUGUGUCCAAUCGCAGCGUGACCCUGACCUCAAAGGAUGGCACCAACUUCAUCAGCUUCGCCAAAGGAUCUUCGUUUAACAAUGACCUGUACCACUCCUGGGUAGCGCCCACCCUCCAGUCAAACCUCCUGGUCCAGUUCUGGGUUCGCUCCACUGGCAUCCUCCCCUCCGACUGCUCGCGGGGCUGGCGUGUCCUGGACAUCCAGUCCAUCUCCCCGGGGCAGACGUUCACUUUCAAGACCAGCCAAGACCACUCCAAAUGGGCGGUCAGCACCAAGGCGGCUGGGUCGGGGGCAGGAGGAGGCUGGGUGUGUGUGGGAGACAUUAACCGGAACGAGGCGGAGGAGAAGCGAGGCGGCGGCACGGUGUGUCUGCGGGAUCCGGUGGUGUGGAAGGCUUACAGAACAGCGGCGCUGGAGUGUGAGGCGUGUGGAGGAGGAACAAUCAAGUGCUGACAGUCUGCUGUAGGUCAAUUGGGAUUGAGGCAAAAUGCCAUAAUGAGUUGAUAAUCAUGAGAUAAUGUCAGAUAUGUGAUUAUUGUUUUAUGAUAUUUGGUACACUCACUGUAUAUAUUUCUAUUAAUGUCUGCUGAAAUCUAAUUGAAAUGAAUCAUGUUUACCAUUUUAAAGUAAUUUGAAUUUUCUAACUUCGUGUUCAUCUUACUGCUUGUUCAGAAUGAUUAUUGGCUGUUAUCAAGCACUAUUAAAUCCUCCUCUCGAAAUUUAAUGCAUGCUGAACAAUGCUGAAAGAGGACAAGUAGUGAAUUCUGACAGGAAGCGGCGGGGUUUACAGGAAAUAUAGUGUUAAUUUUAGAGAUACAAGUGUCUUUUUUUUUUUUAAGAGAAAGCACCGGUUCAAGUAUCUUCAAAGGGACUUGGUACUGUUUUAACUGAAACUGAAGAGACGCCGGUGCAAACUUGUGAAUGCUGCUUUAGCAACUUAACCACUCAGUGUGAGGGAGCGUGUCAAGGAAAAAUGUAUGACAAUGAGUUUUAUGGAAUUGUAAAUGUACGAACAAAAUGGGAAUAAUUGCACUAUGUAACAAUCAAUGCACACAAACACACUGACAAACACACAUUUCACCGACAAUAUUAAAUUACAGACGCUGACAACA